CUGCAGGAAUUGAAGAGAAAUUACGUUUGACUAAGGACGCUUUGAAUAACUUACAUGACGAAACAAUUAUAAUAUCACAGCCUCUAGUGGGUGAACUGGCUGAGAAAUCGCAGCUUUUGAUGACGAAAAAUAUGAAUGUAUUGGUACGGAAGAUAUUGAAAUUUUUGCCUCACUUGGUUCUUCAUAAAUAAGUGUUUUUUUAACUAUACAAAACAAAUUACAGAAAAAAUUUACAAUUUAUACGUACACAUUACUUACACAUGACAGAAGGUACUAAAUUUAGUGCAAUUUCUCGCUCUGUAGUUAUUUUUGUCUUUAUUUUUCAUCUGUCGAAGAACGAAGCUAACAAGAUUGACCUUCUACGUGAAAGGCUGAAAAUUAUUUUGGAAGGCGAUGGCUUAGUUUUGGCCAAUGAGGCAGGAAAAAAGUCCUUGAGUCGUACACUUGGCUGGAUGGAUCAGUAUUUAGAAGACGCUAUAAAUAAGCUUCGAAAUGACGUAGGAGAUUGUCAUCCAAUCAGGAAUGUCUAUGACGUAUUGAUAUCUGAUGUGUGUGGUAUUGCUGUGAGCCUGGUGAAUGCCUUGUGGCUGUGCCUCGGUGUCAUAGCAAUGUUCUCAUUAAUCACCGUCAUCCUUUGCGUGCGUCUUGCAAAACAUUUGCGGAGGGCGAAGACUGGGGAAGAUAUUUAUUCUGAGGAAAGUACAUCAAACUACGGGGUUCCCCUGAGGAUGUUUGACAAAUUCCCAAAGUUGAACAAGAAAAAGUUCUCAUGGUAUGUACGCUUCAUUCACAAGAGCAUAUGUCUUUUCUGGUGGAUUGGCAGUUGGCUCUUUAUGGUGUGAUUGUGCGAUCGGAAAAAUUCCGCGAAACUGUUUGAUGAUUUUCGGAAAAUGUGAUUGACAUCUUCCAAAUGGAAGAAGGUUUCAGAAAAAAGUAAAUGUGCCAGACUAAAUGAUAUUAAUGUUGAGACAAGACAUUCGCGUGAUACUCCUUGGGCCUCUUUUGAAUAAGGCACGCGUGAUCAUUA